AGAAGAAGAAGCAGGGGAAGGAGUGGGAGUCUUCACCCCCUCAAAGAGCUCAUUGUGGGGAGGGCUGAGAGAGGACCCCAUCCGCUUUAACUAGCUGGUCAGCGGUGCAUGGAUUAGCUGCGUGCCCAAGAGCCCCUGCGCGCACACACAGCCACACACGCUCAGAGGAGGAGGAGGACUGCUCAACGUGAAUCAUGCCCAUCGUCAUUACUACCGACUGGGAGUGGAGCCGAAAUUGUGCAAGAUACGGAUAACUAACUGUCUGCACUUACAAGUUUUUUUUUAGUUUUUUCCAACCCAGCUCCUUCAGAUUCAGAAAGAAAUGCGUCGCCGGAGACUAGAAGCGAACGGUGGCGUCUGCGCUCACGUGUGCUUUAUGUUCAAGAAGUGACCAGGAUUAACAACAACAAGCUCCACUGACGGGAAAGCCAAAGGAGAACCACGCAAAUCGGAUAUAUUUAGUCGACUUUUGAGUGCCAAUUCUUCUCUCAAGUUGUUAGCUUUUUGAAAACUUGUUGGUUUAAAGCGACGUGAACAGCCAUGGGGAACGCAGGCAGCAUGGAUCAGCACACGGACUUAAGGGGACACAAUAUGCCCCUGAAAUUACCUAUGCCAGACCCGGGAGAGCUAGAAGAGAGAUUCGCGAUUGUCUUGAAUUCCAUGAAUCUUCCUCCGGACAAAGCCAGGCUCCUGCGGCAGUACGACAACGAGAAGAAGUGGGAACUCAUCUGUGACCAGGAGCGAUUUCAAGUGAAAAACCCCCCUCACACAUACAUCCAAAAGUUGCGUGGUUAUCUGGACCCCGCGGUCACGAGGAAGAAAUUCCGACGGAGAGUUCAGGAGUCCACCCAAGUCCUGAGAGAGCUGGAAAUUUCGUUACGGACCAAUCAUAUAGGGUGGGUGAGGGAGUUUCUAAAUGAAGAGAACAAGGGGCUGGACGUGCUGGUGGAGUAUCUUUCUUUUGCACAGUAUGCCGUCACAUUCGAUGGAGACUGCUUGGAAAAUAACCCAGAUGCCAUGGACAAGAACAAGCCCUGGGGUCGCUCUAUAGAAGACCUGCAUGGAGGAAGCACUUUGCCGUCUCCCAUCACCGGGAACGGGCUCACUCGCAUGGGACGACACUCAACGCUAAGGGCACCAAAUUCACUGAGCUGUCCCAGGUGUGCUCAAAUGAAAAGAUGUAACACACUGCCCAGCCGGAGGACGCUAAAGAACUCCAGACUGGUGUGUAAGAAGGAUGACGUCCACGUUUGCAUCAUGUGCCUACGCGCCAUCAUGAACUACCAGUAUGGAUUCAACAUGGUCAUGUCGCACCCACACGCUGUGAAUGAAAUUGCACUAAGUCUCAACAAUAAAAAUCCAAGGACAAAAGCUCUCGUCUUGGAACUCCUGGCGGCUGUUUGUCUCGUGAGAGGGGGCCAUGAAAUCAUCCUCUCUGCGUUUGACAACUUUAAGGAGGUCUGCGUGGAGGAGCAGCGUUUCGAGAAGCUAAUGGAGUACUUUAAGAACGAGGACAACAACAUCGACUUCAUGGUGGCGUGUAUGCAGUUCAUAAACAUCGUAGUGCACUCAGUGGAAGACAUGAACUUCCGAGUCCAUCUCCAGUACGACUUCACCAAGCUACUUCUAGACGACUACUUAGACAAACUGAAGCACACGGAGAGCGAUAAGCUACAGGUGCAGAUCCAGGCGUACUUGGACAAUGUGUUUGAUGUGGGAGCUCUUCUGGAAGAUGCAGAGACCAAAAACGCGGCCCUGGAGCGAGUGGAGGAGCUGGAGGAGAAUAUGUCUCACAUGACAGAAAAACUACAGGACACAGAGAACGAAGCCAUGGCCAAAAUUGUGGAGUUGGAAAAACAGCUGAUGCAAAGGAACAAAGAUUUAGAUUCUAUAAGGGAACACUACAAAGAAACCACGUCCCAGGUCCUGGCACUGAGGCAGAUGUUGAAGGAGAAAGACGAGGCCAUUCAGAGACAGUCGAAGCUCGAGAAGAAGAUUCAUGAAUUAGAAAAACAGGGCACCAUCAAGAUCCAGAAGAAAGGGGACGGUGACAUAUCCAUCCUGGCCUCGCCCACGGGAGGAGGAGGAGGAGGAGGAGGAGGAGGAACGCCUGGGGCAAUCCUGGGCUCAAACCACGUGGAGGUCACAGGGGGCGUGGUCGCUCCUCCUCCUCCACCCCCUCCUCCACUUCCAGUCAACGGCACAUUACCAAACGGACCACUAUCGGUUAUCCCCCCAGCAGCUCCUCCACCCCCGCCUCCUCCUCCUCCACCACCCCCACCUCCAGGACCAGAGAUGUCCGCUCCGCUACCCCCGCCGCCACCACCUGUAGCGCCUCCUCUGCCCGGAUCUGGCACACCCACCGUCAUCAUGAACUCCGGUCUAGCUGCUGUGAAGAUCAAGAAGCCCAUCAAGACCAAGUUCCGCAUGCCGGUCUUCAACUGGGUGGCGCUGAAACCCAACCAGAUCAACGGCACGGUGUUCAACGAAAUCGAUGACGAGAGGAUACUUGAGGAUCUUAACGUGGAUGAGUUUGAGGAGAUGUUCAAGACCAAAGCCCAGGGCCCGCCCAUCGAUCUGAGCAUGAGCAAACAGAAGGUGAUCCAAAAGGGACCGAACAAGGUGACGCUGCUCGACUCCAACCGAGCCAAGAACCUGGCCAUUACCCUGCGGAAGGUGGGCAAGGCGCCAGAGGAGAUCUGCAGAGCCAUACAACUGUUUGACCUCCGAACUCUGCCCGUGGACUAUGUGGAGUGUCUGAUGCGCUUCCAGCCCACGGAGAAUGAGGUGAAGGUGCUGCGACAGUUCGAGAAAGAGAAAAAACCUGUGGAGAGCCUGACAGACGAGGACCGCUUUAUGAUGCAGUUCAGUAAAAUCGAGAGGCUGAUGCAGAAGAUGACCAUCAUGGCCUUCAUCGGCAACUUCUGUGAGAGCGUGCAGAUGCUAACGCCGCAACUGCAUGCGGUUAUUGCUGCAUCUGUAUCCAUUAAGUCAUCACAGAAACUUAAGAAAAUAUUAGAGAUUAUCCUGGCACUCGGAAACUACAUGAACAGCAGCAAAAGAGGAGCUGUUUAUGGCUUCAAGCUUCAGAGUUUAGACUUGCUCCUCGAAACCAAGUCGACGGACCGUAAAAUGACACUCCUUCACUACAUCGCCAACGUGGUCAAAGAAAAGUACCAGCAAGUCUCCCUCUUCUACAACGAAAUGCACUAUGUCGAGAAGGCAGCAGCAGUGUCACUAGAAAAUGUGCUACUGGACGUGAAGGAGCUACAGAGAGGCAUGGAGCUGACCAAGAGGGAGUACAGCAUGCAUGGACACAACACCAUGCUGAAAGAUUUCAUCACGCACAAUGACGCUAAGCUAAAGAAGCUACAAGAUGAUGCUAAGAUUGCACAGGAUGCGUUUGACGAGGUCGUGAAAUUCUUUGGGGAGAACGCCAAAACGACACCGCCUUCAGUCUUCUUCCCCGUGUUUGUGAGAUUUGUGAAGGCUUAUAGGCAAGCAGAGGAGGACAAUGAGCAGAAGAGGAGACAGGAGCAGCUCUUGAUGGAGAAACUUCUAGAACAGGAGGCCAUGUUGGAGGAGAACCAGAAGUCUCCGUCCCAAAAGAACAAGAAGCAGCAGCAGCAGCAGGAACUGAUCCAGGAGCUGAGGAGGAAGCAGGUCAAAGACAAUCGACACGUGUACGAGGGCAAAGACGGAGCCAUAGAAGACAUCAUCACGGAUUUGAGGAACCAGCCUUACCGUAGAGCCGACGCCGUGCGCAGAAGUGUCCGGAGGAAAUUCGACGACCAAAACCUGCGGCCAAUCAACAACGGGGAAGUGUUCAUGUAAAGAAAGAGAGAGAAAGUGAAGAAAUGAUGGAUAAAGAAGACGAGUAAAGACAAAAGAAGGUUGAUAGAAGGAUGAGCGAACGUAGCAGAAACCAUAGAGACGAUUAUGUAUAUAUAUUUUACAUAAGGAACUGCAUACCUGUGGUGUAGCAGCUGUUUUAUGAAGGACUGGACCGAAUGGAGAGUUUCAAAAGGUUUAUGGGAAAUCUUUAAACCCAGACAAGUGCCUCUGUGUCUGUUUGUCGACUUUUUUCACAUUUGGAGCAAUACACAAUUCAAGCAGGCUUUAAUCUAAAAGCAACAUGCAAAACUGGACUUUUGUAUGAAGAAGUGGUGAAUGUCUAAAGGCAGUUAAUGUAGCCGUUACAUUUAGCAUGACCGAGUAGCCUGGCCAGCCCAACCCGUGCACUUUCACAUCAAAUGCAGACUGUUUUAAACUAAUUUAAAGUUAUUUUAGUCUUUUUUGUGUGGAUUAUUUUAUUUCCGUUCAACUUUUCAUUUCAUAGGUCCAUAAAAAAAUAAUUGAACUGAUAAGGUCAAAUAUAAAAUGUGGUGGUGGAAUGAACUGGAAACACCAUUUUAAUAACUACAAAUUGUAUGCUGUUUGGCCACAAGGGGUCAGUAAAAGUACAAGAUUUGAGUCCACAUUUUCUACUUGAUUCAAAGGUAAUGGGAGUACUGAACAUUUGUACUGAAGUAAAAAUACAAUUACAUAAACAUGAACUCAAGUACUGCUGCCAAAAUUGUACUUAAAUAAAGGUACUAGUUACUUUAGUAGAAUUUUGUUAGACUUUUUGAUAUGUCUUUUGAGCAAAACGUGAUUAAUUAAACACUUUGAAGCAAAAUUAAGUUAUUUUAAAAAGAAGUUUGUCAGUAGGCUGUGGAAACCAGAGACAGAGGUGAAACAGCCUCGCACUGGGACAACUGACUGUCUUCAGUACCUUCUGUGAGUUAUAAUGAUCUAUGAUGGUUAGAUCUUAGGUGUAUACUCAAUUAGAAGUACAAAUACAUGUUUAAAAUGUACGUGAAAAAGUACAUUAACCAUCCCCAAAAAUCUACUCAAUUUCAGUAAAAGUACAAUAACCAUCCCCAAAAAUCUACUCAAUUUUAAGUAAAAGUACAUUAACCAUCCCCAAAAAUCUACUCAAUUUCAGUAAAAGUACAAUAACCAUCCCCUAAAAAUCUACUCAAUUUUAAUAAAAGUACAAUAACCAUCCCCAAAAAUCUACUCAAUUUCAGUAAAAGUACAAUAACCACCCCCAAAAAUCGACUCAAUUUUAGUAAAAGUACAAUAACCACCCUCUAAAAUCUACUCAAUUUUAGUAAAAGUACAAUAACCACCCCCAAAAAUCGACUACAUUUUAGUAAAAGUACAAUAACCACCCCCAAAAAUCUACUCAAUUUUAGUAACUUGUGUCUUUGUACUUAGUUACUCUCCACUUUGAAUUUGACAUAUUUUAACACGCAAUACUUAGAUCAGCUUUUACCUACAUGUUUUCCCUUUGUAAACCUAACUUGAUUUAACAGGGUCCAUUUUACGUUAGGCUGGCCACGCUAAAGAUCAUAAAUAUAUCUGUACAUUCCACAUCUUUACCAUUCCUCUCACAAUAGAAGUUUAUGUAGCACGUGUUACAUCUCAUCUGAGGUCUAACGAAAGGGCUAAGGGCUACACUGACGGCAGAAAACUGGACAAAGUUCAUUUCAAAAUCAAACUGAAAUUUUCGUUUGCAGCUUAAUUGUGAAAUGUUACUUCAUAAUACGUUUUUACUGUGUGUUACGAAAACAAUACAAAACAAUGGACUGAACUCACUUUCAAAACUGGAUAUAAACCUGUAAUAUAUCAGUUAAUACAUUUCUCAUCUACCAGGCUGAGUCUACUACUCAUCUUAUUGUAAUUUGAUGUAUAGUAUUUAACCACUUGAAACUUUGUAUGCUUUUGUGCUGUCAUUUGUCAUUCAAAAACAUGGCAAAAACACAAAGACUUCCUAUAUGUACAGAUAUUUUGCUACUUUUUUACUUAACAUUACCAGAUGGUUAAUAUUGUACAUACUGUUUAAACAUUGCCUUGAAUGUUUUAUUUUAACUUAUAGUUUUUAUGUUGUCGUCUUAUUUGUGUAUUUAAUAAGAAGCCAAAAUCGGACAUCUCACUCCAUAAAGGGGGGACACUGGAUCACGUACUUUGAAGGUGGAUCAAAGUCAGUUAUUAACACAGGAAGCAUGUCAUAAAAUACAAAAUGGACCAUAAUAACUAUAUAUAUAUUAUUAUUAUUGUUAUUAUUAUUAUUAUUGUUCAAAAUGGUGGUUAAAAGCUUAUCUGUGGAGAGCUGUGGCUUUGAAGCUCCUGUUUUGACUGCAAUUAUGUUCACUAAAGCCAUUCAUUUGCAUCUCACUCUGUAACCGUCAUGUCUCUACUCUGGCAUGUUUUGAACUUUAGGCAGUUUAUGGUUAUUAUCACAUAACAAUUUAGAUUUUCAAUGAAUAUGAUCAAAUAAACUAUGUUGAAUAAUA